CGAUGGAGAUUUCGUAUGUCCAGGCCACUCUUUCUACGCAUCGUUGAUGAGUUAGGCAAGUGGUCCGAUUAUUUCACUACAAAGGUGGAUGCUCUUAAUCGUCAAGGCCUAACACCACUGCAGAAAUGCACAGCGGCAAUUCGUCAAUUGGCUAAUGGUAGUGCUGCAGAUCAUCUAGAUGAAUAUUUAAAACUUGGAGAAAGUACUGCAUUAGAGGCGAUGAAGAUGUUUGUCCAAGGUGUUAUCGAAAUUUUUGGUGGACACUAUUUGAGGCGCCCUACUAUGGAAGAUGCUGAGCGUUUGCUUAAAAUUGGUGAGAGUCGAGGUUUUCCUGGCAUGUUCGGGAGUAUUGACUGUAUGCAUUGGCAUUGGGAAAGAUGUCCCAAUGCAUGGAAGGGCCAAUUUACUCGGGGCGAUCAAAAAGUUCCAACCAUAAUACUUGAGGCUGUAGCUUCUCAUGAUCUUUGGAUUUGGCAUGCGUUCUUUGGAGUUGCUGGUUCUAAUAAUGAUAUCAAUGUUCUAAACCAGUCGACUCUAUUUAUUGACGAGCUAAAGGGGCAUGCUCCUCGGGUGCACUACAUGGUCAACGGAAAUCAGUAUAACACCGGUUAUUAUCUUGCUGAUGGAAUAUACCCUGAAUGGGCUGUGUUUGUGAAGUCAAUAUCCUUGCCCAUCACCGAGAAGGACAAGUUAUUUGCACAGGAACAAGAAUCCAAGAGAAAGGAUAUUGAACGAGCUUUCGGUGUCUUGCGACGUCGAUUUUGCAUUUUGAAGCGACCAGCUCGUCUAUAUGAUCGAGGAGAACUUGAGAAAGUUAUCCGAGCGUGCAUCAUACUUCACAAUAUGAUAGUUGAAGAUGAAAAAACAGAAGAGAAUAUUGAAGAGAAUCUUGAUUUGAAUGAAACUCCAAGUACAACGACUGUUGAAGCACCAGCAUUCUCCCCUGAAGAUUACGUCUCGUUUGACAGAAUACUAGAGAAUGAUGCUGAUAUUCGAGAUACCUCAACCCAUAAACAACUUAAGAAAGAUUUGAUUGAGCAUAUCUGGCGAAGGUCAAGGGCCCGCCCAAACAUAUCUUGA